UUCUGGGAUGUAGUGACCGGUUUGAAAUAUGUCGGUUACCUGAAGCCAAAAAUCCGGGACAUAAUAUUGGAGAGUCCCAGCAUUGCUCACUACGAGAAAGUUAACCAAUUAUGCAAACUGCCCGAUGACACCAUGGUCAAAUAUUGCGAAUUAACUAAUGCUAAAUUGAAAGAGACAAAAGCACUACGUGACAGAUUUCUUGGUGUGACAUAUUGUGGAUACGAUGCUGAGGAGGCUUAUUAUGAUAAUAUGCUUCCCACUUAUGAGAGAUACGGCAAUGGCGUUGAAUGUCCCGCAAAUGUGGACUUACUUAAGGACAUAUGCAGGGAACUGGGCACUACUGAUAAUCUAUCAGGUAGAUUCUUUUGGGAUGUAGUGACCGGGUUGAAAUAUCUCGGUUACCUGAAGCCACAAAUCCGGGACAUAAUACUGGAGAGUCCCAGCAUUGCUUAUUACGAGAGGGUUAACCUAUUUUGCAAACAGCCCGAUGACACCAUGGUCAAAUACUGCGCAUUAACCAACGCUAAAUUAAAUGAAACGAAAAACCUAUAUCACCGAUUUACUGGUUACCUCGAGGAUGCUACCAAGCAAACAAAAAUUAACUUGAGCCAAGUACUAUGCAUAAAGCGUAACUUCUGGGUGAAUGUAAUAGACAUGCACGAUGACCAGGAUGGUUUCAGAGAAUUUGCCCGCAACCAUACAUCGGUAUUCGCGUCAAUUGUGACCAGAGCUGAGAAAGUUCUCGGUGUAAAAGCGGAUACCAAGUGCGAACUCGGCGACAAAUACCCCGAUCCUAAAUACAAAUCG